AUGAAAUUUAAAAAAAUAUUUUGUAAUACAAAUAUCUUAAUAUUAUUUUUUAGGUUAAAGUUAGCAACUGAAACUACGGAAACUGGUGAACCAAGUAGAAGCAAUGAUUAUAAUCCUUCGAAAGUAAAUAAUAUAGAAAAUAUUGAAGCACUAUAUUUUAAAUGCGUAGAAGGAAGAGGGUUAAAAAGAGUUUUUUUUUCUGUAAUGCUAAAAGUUUUAGAUUUUAUGACUAAUGUGAAAAAGAGAAUUUGGAUAAAAUAUUCUUCAAAAUAUUAUUCGAAAUACAUUAAAAGGAAUGCAAAUUCAAGUGAAAAAAGAAGAUAUGAAAGAAUGGGUUUAGGUAUGUUUGGACUGCUUGAGAAACUUAAAAAGCUUUUAUUUACAGAUGAUUCUUGUCAAGAACUUAUUUUUGAAAGUUCGCCUCUGUUUGAAUUUAGUCAUAAAUGUUACAGAUGUGAUAAUUGCAAUAAACCUAAUCCUAAAGGGGAUUUAAAUUCUAUUCAUAAAUGUAAAAAAACUUGUGAAUACUAUAAUUUAACUAGCGGCCAGGCCAUAUUACAUAGAAAUUAUUUUUGCUUCUAUGCUUUUGUUGGAGAAGAAGUAUCAAAGAAUUUCAACUUUAAAGCUGACGAAAGAAAGGCAUUGUUAGCUACAUUUGGUAUGACAUUUAAUAACACUGGAUAUUCAUUUUUAGAAGUAAUACUAAUUAAGUGUUAUGAAAUUGUAGAUCGAGCAGUUGAAAAAAAAGACUUUAACAUUAAAAUUUUCUAA